AUGAAGCUGUCGUCUGCCAUUCUGGCCGCCUCGCUCGGCUUGGCGUGGGCUCAUGACGACCGCGGCCAGCACGUUCCAAAACUGUUGGGGUUGCGAAAGUUUGUAUCCGGACUGGAGGCUCGGAGGAGGGCUGCCUUUGAUGAACAACCCAUUGCUGCCAGGAGUCAACACCUGCCGGCCAACCAACGACGGAGUCUGAAAGGACGGCAGGAUGACGACGAUAAUGAAGGACGAUGCGGGCCAGGCAUUGGGGCCUGCCCAAACGGGGAAUGCUGCUCUUUUGAAGGAUGGUGUGGAAGGGGUUUAGAUUACUGUUCCGCUCCUGACUGUCAAAUCAACUACGGCUCCGGCUGUGACGCCAACCAAAAGCCUGGUGGCGCGGACACGUCGGGUGUUGCCCGGCCCAAGCUUGGGAGCGUUCAAUAUGGAGGAGCAGGCAUCUAUGACUGCGAGAACCCAGGUGAUAUUGCUCUGACUUUCGAUGACGGGCCGUACAUUUACACCAACGACCUGCUUGACAAGUUAAAGAGCUAUGGGGCGAAAGCCACCUUCUUCAUCACGGGAACCAACCUUGGAAAGGGAAAGAUCAAUGAUCCCGCCACCAUCUAUCCUGCCAUCAUCAAAAGAAUGCAUGCCGAAGGGCAUCAAGUUGCUAGUCACACCUGGGCUCAUCAGAACGCUAGCCAGCUCACUAACCAACAAUUCACCGAUCAUAUGGUCUGGAAUGAGAUUGCGCUCAACUCUAUCCUCGGUUUCUUUCCGACCUACAUGCGGCCCCCUUAUUCCAUCUGCGAGAGGAACUGCCAGAGCAUCCUGUCAACCCUCGGCUACCACAUCAUUUAUUUCGACCUUGACACGGAGGGCUACCUUCACGAUAGCCAGCAGGAGAUCCAAACCAGCAAAAACAUCUGGGACGACGCCAUUGACGGCGCUAACCCAUCCUCGGACAGCUACCUACAGAUUGAGCACGACAUCCACUACCAGACCGUGUACAACCUGACCGAUUAUGUCCUCACCUCCCUGUUUGCUGCGGGCUUCCGGGCCGUGACCGUGGGCGAGUGCCUGGGCGAUCCUGCUACCAACUGGUACCGCACCGGACCGACCGGCGGCGUCGUCCCCAGCGGUUCAGUCGCUCCCACCUCGACAAGCACCCCGCCUACCGGCCCGACGAGGACGACCAUUUCCGUGGCACCGACGCGCACUGGUGCGAGCAUUGACGGUUCGUGCGGUAACGGCGUAACGUGCGCCGGCACCGAGUUUGGGUCCUGUUGCUCUGUGUUUGGUUACUGCGGCGUCGGCGACGACUUCUGCUCGGUCGACAGAGGAUGCCAACCGGACUGGGGAACCUGUGGUGGCGACGGGACGGUGCCGAGCUCCUCUGUAAAGCCGACCUCGUCCGUGAAACCAACAACCUCAACCGCGAAGCCCCCAACCUCCUCCGCAAAACCACCCACCUCCUCGGCCAAACCGACCUCUUUCUCAACCAAAACCACCACCACCACCACAAACAAGUCCACUCCAGCCACAUCCACCACCCCCAAGCCCACUCAAACCGGCCUCGCCAUCAGCACCGACGGGCGCUGCGGUCCCGAAGUCAAGCAGACGUGCACGGGCAGCGGCCUUGGCAACUGCUGCAGCCCGGCGGGCAAGUGCAGCUCCAACACCAUCUCGUGCUUGGCUAUCUUGGGUUGUCAGGUGGGUUAUGGCUCUUGUGUCUAA